UCUCCCCAAAUGUGGGGAGCAGAUGUUGAAAGGAUUUGUGCAAUUGAAAGGAGUGUGUCGAGAUUUCGCUGUCCUGGAGGACCACACCCUGGCCCACAGCCUGCAGGAACAGGAGAUUGAGCAUCAUUUGGCAUCAAACAUUCAGCGGAACCGUUUGGUCCAGCAUGAUCUCCGGGUGGCUAAGCAACUCCAAGAGGAAGAUCUGAAAGCUCAGGCUCAGCUUCAGAAGCGCUACAAAGACCUUGAACAACAGGACUGUGAAAUUGCUCAGGAAAUCCAGGAAAAGCUGGCUAUUGAGGCAGAGAGACGACGCAUUCAGGAGAAGAAGGAUGAGGACAUAGCUCGCCUUUUGCAAGAAAAGGAGUUACAGGAAGAGAAAAAGCGAAAGAAACACUUCCCAGAAUCCUCUGGAGCCAAUGCUUAUGGAGAGAGUUACUAUUACGAAGACGGAGACCAGCCACGGUCAAGGAGGGCAAGGGAAUUGGGUUCUGGAUUCUCAAAGUCUUGUAAACUCCAAAGUGAUGAAAAGACUGUGAAGCCGAGAAAGGAGAAACACAGACAUCCACCGGAGAACUGGGAAGAACUGGAAGGGCAUCGUUUACCUGAGAAGUCUCUGUCCUCUAGCUCACGCAAAGUGAGGGAUGAUCCCCAAAUUAUCACUGAGCUGUGUGAAAGGAAAGGGUCUGGCCAUGAGAGGCCCCGGAGACCUCCUCUUCCCAAGAUCAGCGGUGAAGUGUUUCUGAGCACGGAAUCUGAUGACCGGGAGGCUAGCAGUAGCCAUCGGACUCGGAAUUGGGAAAAACAUGCCAGACACCAAGACAGGCUUUCCCCGAAGUCUUCUCCAAAAGCAGGGAUUCACUGCAAGGAGGCUGCUUAUGGGAGGGAGCGUGGGCAAGGGGAGCGCAGAGAGCGGAAGCACAGGCCCAGGACUCCUCCCUUCUCAGAGAGUGAGGAGCAGCUCCACCUCCAUGACACAGGAGUGAAGCCAAGGGGGAUGAAAGAAUCAAUUUCUACUCCAUCGAGAGUGACCUCCAGAAAUCAGGAAUGGUAUGAUGCUGAAAUUGCCAGAAAACUGCAGGAAGAAGAAAUUUUGGCUACCCAGGUGGAUCUGAGAGCAGCUCAAGUGGCCCAGGAUGAGGAAAUUGCUAGACUUUUAAUGGCUGAAGAAAAGAAAGCUUACAAGAAAGCCAAGGAGAAAUCGUCAUUGGACAAACGAAAACAUGACCCUGAUUGGAAGCCCAAAACAGCUAAAUCACACUCAAAGACAAAAGACAGUGAUGAACCUCAUCGCUCUAAGAAUGACAGGCCUGCACGACCUCCCUCCAGGCCGCCACCACCUACCAUGACAGAUGCUGAGGAUUUGGAUUACACUUAUUCCACGCGUCAUUUCUCAAAAUCAGAGUCCUCUCAUAAAGGUUUCCAUUAUAAGCAGUAAAAACCUACGAAUCUGCCUUGAAAACGGACUCACUGUAGCAAAUAUUACUGGAUGAUGCAGAAUGCAUUCCACAUUUAUUUUUUCCUCCUAUGUUUGUACUCCUGGGAUUUAUCCUCAAGGGUUUUUUUGACCAUAAAUAAUUUUAAUGCAUUUAAAAUGUUUUGGUUAUUUCUCAUCACUUGGGCAGUACAAGAAAAUCUAGCUUCUGAAUAUUGACCACCUCUACACUGCUUAUACUUCCAUGGAUACAGUGUCUAAGAGAUCUAUAAAAUGCCAUUUUUUCUUAGGUAUGAAAUAUUGGUAUCUAGGGACUAUACUUUACUUAGCAAUUAGAAUUUAGUGAAGAUAAUGAUCAAGGUAAAUAAAACAAUGUUUGGAUGAAAUGGAGAAUAGAAGAGUGUAAGAAACAGUUGUUUUGGGGUUCAUUAGUAUAUGAUAUAUUGAAAGAGCCUUUUGCUUUUUGUACUUUCUAGGAAAAGAAAAAAAAAUCACAACCAUAAAGUAUUUUAAAAAGAUCAUACCUGGAACAAUUAAAAUGUGUUAUUCUGACUAUCAGGACUAUAGAGAUUUUGCAGAUACUUAUACACACCCUCCAGGGAAAAUUGACCUAGAUGGCGUUCUCUAACACUUUCUUGCUAUUGCUUCAUCAAUAGAUCGAGACUUCUGAAGCCUCUGGGCAUUGCACAUUGAUUAGCAUUAAUUGGAAAAAAAUAAUUCUAUAAUAUCCUAACUCAGGUCUGUGUAAA